AUUUAUGCAAUGGAGUGUUAAAAGUUUUUUCAGGGAAAUUCAUGACAAGAAUAUUAAAAUGAUCUAAUCUAUUCAAUUCACGCUAAAAUGACAUUUAUUACGAUUUCUGUAUAAAUAUUAAGUUAGAUAUUUCGGUUUUAAGUGUGAAUUUAUCUAAAUAUGCUGAACGAAAUUUAGACGGAGUAGUUUUAAAAGAAAUCAUGUGACUUGAACAAACCCUGGGAGUUACAAUAACAGAUAUUUUGAUAUAUGUUUAAAACAAGUGUAAGCCGUUCAUUUGACAUAUUCUUUAAUGUUUUCAGAGUUCAUGUUGACAACUAUUGGGAAAUUUUAAUGCUCCUACCUGACCAACGUGGAUCAAGUUAGGAAAACACCUUUAUUUACUCUUUACAAGGAGAAAAGUGUUGUUCCUGUGACUGAGUAGUGUAUUUUCGAGGCUAUUAAAAUAAUAAAGAAUGAAAUAUUCUAAACGAAGAAAUGAAAAUUUUGCCCUAUAAGUAAAUCUCGAUAUGGAGAUAAAUGUGGAAAAUUUGGACCUUAAAAGUGAAGUGGAAAAGAACACAUCGGACGAUAUAAUUGUGGUUUCAAAUAAGAUGUCUCAAACAAUAAUAAUAAAGAAUUUAUUCAUUGUAAGUUUUGCAUUUAUGUUACACUUCAGUGCAUUUCAUUCAUUUACAAAUUUACAAAGUACAUUAAAUAAAGAAGAAGGUCUGGGAACAACAGGUCUUGCAUUACUGUUCAGUGUUAUGGUGCUUACAAGCCUAUUUAUAGCCCCGAUAAGCAUGGGAAGAAUAUCUACUAAGUGGAUAAUGACAUGGUCGAUGUGCACGUAUAUUAUCUACACGGCAACCGGGUUUCAUCCGACCUGGUAUACGGUCAUACCUGCGUCAGUUAUUAUUGGCAUAGGUGCCGCUCAUUUUUGGUUGGCAAUGCCAGCGUAUGUUAUUGACAUUGCUAAGGGUUACGCCCAAAUCACUGGCACUGUGGAUCAGGAUAGAGUGACCUUCUUUUUUGGUAUUGUUUAUGCUGCAAUAUAUACGAGUCACAUAUGGGGAAACCUAUUUUCAUCUAUGGUAUUCAGACAGGAGGGUACUAACGAGACGUUGGAGAGUAAAGACAUUCAUUGUGGACCUUCAUAUUGUCCUUACAGAAAAUAUAACAUUUCAGCUAUUGUUCCGCCUUCACAAACGCAGGUGUACACAUUUACAGGAUUUUGUUCAGGAAUAACCGCCUUUGCAAUAUUGUUGGUAAUCGUCUUUUUGACCAACAUAAGCACUGACAGCGGAAAAUCGCAUAGUGCUUGUAGACAAAGUCGAAUGGUGGCAACACACAUGUUCCGAUCCAGAGACCAACAAUUAUUAUUUUGUUCUUCAAUAUUUAGCGGUUUAGCAAGUGGAUUUCUCAUUGGAGAUUUUACAAGUGCAUACAUUAGUUGUCCAUACGGGAUACAAAAUGUAGGAUUUGGUAUGAUAACAUUAGGAGUGAGCCAGUCUAUAUUCAGUGUUGUAUUUGGAAAAUUAAAUCAAUACAUUGGUCAUAUCGCGAUAUUUACCUUUGGUUCAGUGGCACAAGCCUCAUUUUAUAUAACAUUGUUGUUGUGGCAUCCAUUGCCGAACCAGUCAUUUAUAGCACAUGUGCUUGCUGCUAUUGCGGGCAUAUCAGGAGCAGCCAUUGAACCAGUUUUAACAGCUCUUCAUAACCUUUAUUUUGUCGAGAACAGGGACAUUGCUCUAUCUAGCUUUCGUCUUCUCAACUCAAUAGGAUGGGCAAUAUCCUUCGGAUACAGUAACUGGCUGUGCUCAAACGUUAAGAUGUACAUACUGAUUGGUGUACUACUUACGUCGUUAGCAACAGUAAUUUAUCUCGAUGUGAAGCAUAGACGGAGGAGAAAAAGAAGCAAACACCACGCAAUAAAGGAAUAGGAUAUGGUUCCAGAAGAUCUGAUUUCAAACUGAAUUUUAUAAACCAUUGAAUAAUAGCAGCGUUUAUUACUUUAUAAUUGAUGGUGGUUAUUGAAUGAAACUGUAUAAAACAGUGUAUUCAAGUUUAAAAAACAUUUAAAUAGGGGAUAUUGACAGGUGUAGGUUUCGUACUAAAUUUAUAUGUUGAACAUAGGUGAAUAAAAUCAUAUUUGAAUGAUAUGAAACCGCUUGCUUGCAAAGCAAUAAAUAUUUCGUAAUAUAACGCAUGUACGUACGAGCGUAUUAUAUAGCAUUGGCAUUCUACAAACGUGCGCGUCGUUUGACGACAAAUACCAUAUUUAUCAAUGCUUUCACUCAUAUAUAAAAUGUCUCACAUUCAUUGACAGAGCCAUAAAAUUAUUGCAUUCAAAGAAUUCAAUUAAUUUAAAAAUGUUUAAAAAAGAUAUCUGAAUAUAAUAUUUUAGUCACACCCCUAUCGCAAAGGAAAGACAUACAUAGUCAAAAAGUUUUAUUUCAUAUAUAUAUCAGAAAUUGUUAUUCACUAUCAUAAAUUACUUUAAUGUAGAUUAAUUAUAAUGAAGAGACAAUAUUUUGUCAGUAUAGACAGAAUUUUAAUCUUUAGAAUACAUUUAUAUGCUCCCUAUUUAAUAGAUAAAUACAGAAUCCCUAAAGAAAGCCCAACACGGCAAAAUUGAAGCAACACACAUUGAUAUGAUACUGCCAAGUUAGGUAAGAUUAAGAGCGAAAUCAUCUCCAAAGAGUUAUAUUUACUCGUUUACAAUAAUGUAUCUUACUAAUCGAGUGAAUUUUUUCGCUAUCUGUCGUCAAAUAUUUGUUUAAUAGAUAUAUAUCUGUUGACCUACGUUUUUACUCGUAUAUAAAAUUCUCACAUUCAUUGCCAAAGACAAUGACUUUGUAAAUUGUAUAUUGUACUGUUUCUGAAAGAAUAAACUUCUUUUUACCCCUUCAAAGAUUUUAUAAAUAGGCUAAAGUUAGGCCUAUAUGCAGUUCAUAAUGACAGUAAGACAGUCAGAUAUUAAUUCCAUACUGCAUAUUAGUCACUGCUAUAUUAAUUAAU